AUGCUGCGAGUCGCAUGCGUUCUACUUGUGGCGCUUAUGACUUGCGUCGUGCCUCUCGCGCAAAGUAGCCCUAUCCCUUGCACCUUGGCCACCACGGCAGUUGAACUGCUGCCUGCUGAUGCAGAAUUACGAGCGUCUUGGCGUGAGUGUUGCGGACGGUGUGCAGCAUAAAGAUGAAGCUGACUUUGAGUCGCAACCCUUCAUGCGGCCAGAACGAAUGCUGUCUCUGCGCAUCCAGCUGCUCCGCAGCACAAAGGACUGGACGCAAUGGUCCGCCUGGCAUGCUCAGAGUCAGGUGCUCGACAACCCGUCACGGGUGUUCGCAAGGCUUUCCUACAUGCCAGCAUUAUCUCGCCGUAGGCCACAGAUCAUCACAGUGCCGGGUGUUCCAGAUACAAAGCAGCCCUCCACUGUCCCUGAUCCGAAGACCAAAGAUCCGAGGAGCGGACACAAGGGCCGUACAGCGCCUGCCAAUGACCACGCUGGCGCAAAAAAAGGCUCAUAUGCUGCAGAUGCCACACAACUGCAGCAUGUGGGUCCUCCUCUGCUGCAGCCUAUGGGCCCUCCCGUGCUGCAGCAUAUGGGCCAGUACACGCGGACCGGCAAGAAACCAGACCCUGGCAUCGAUUGUGGCAAGCUAGAGGGUGCACACCCACUGCGUUGCAGCUGGACAGUAGGAGGAGUGCCUUUCCACUAA